CGCCGUGGAAAGAAACACCAAAUCUCGUUAGUGUUUUUUUUUCUUUUGGUUUUCUGUUUUUGGCAAACCUUAUGAUGCACUCGAAUUUGAAUGCAGUGCCAGCGCCGUGCAAUUUAGGAUGGCGAAAAUAGAUUCUGAAACUGUUUGCAUCCGUCGAUUAACUAAGUAGUGAGCUUGAUAUGCGCAACGCUAGAAUAGAAGGGUAGUGAAUCAUUUUUCGUCUACCACACAGAAGAAUUGUCAUAGAAUAUUUCGUGCAGAAGACUAGAAACAGCCUCAUCCAAAGGAGGAAAAGUUGCCGCCAUUGUCGGGGAUGGAUUUCCUGUUGGGCGGUUGUGCGGCGACUUGCGCCGGUGUUUUCAGUAACCCUUUCGAUGUGAUCAAAACUCGGCAGCAACUACAAGGCGAACUGAUGGAUGCUUGCGAACGUCAGAAAAAUCCCUACCGAUCAGUCACGAAAUCGAUCCAAUCGAUUCUGAAAGCCGAGGGAUUGGCGGGUCUCCAGAAAGGGUUGGUGUCGGCGUUGGCUUUUCAGUUCACCAUGAACAGCGUUCGGCUGGGGAUCUAUCAGACCGCCGAGAAUUACGAGUGGACCCGUGGCGACACCAAAUUCGGCACAGUGCUUUAUUCCAUCUUUUGGGGCGGCUUAAGUGGAGUGGUAGGCGCAACGAUAGCCUGUCCACUGUACAUGAUCAAAACCCAGAUACAGGCCACCUCGCACGGAAAGUACGCCGUCGGCUUUCAGCACAACCACGCCGGUACAAUCGAUGCCCUGGCAGGCAUUUACAGGACGUACGGAAUCAAGGGACUGUGGCGAGGAUAUCCAGGAAUCGUGACACGUACUGCUGUUGGUUCGUCCGCGCAGUUAGCAACGUUCUCCACAUUCAAGGAUUUGUUCGUGCAGUUUGAGUUCUUCCGGGAAUCGGUAGCAAUUACGGCAUUUGCGGCCAGCAUGUUUAGUGGAUUUUUCUGCUGCUUCUUCAUGUCGCCGUUCGAUGUUAUCGCAACCAGGCUGUUUAAUCAAGGAGUGGACAGCAACGGCAAGGGCCUGUUGUAUAGCAGCGUGUGGGAUUGCUUCAAGAAAACCCUGCACGCGGAAGGACUCCACGGGCUGUAUAAAGGAUUUGUACCCAACUAUUGGCGCAUCGCUCCGCACACCAUCCUGAACCUUACCUUCUGGGAUCAGUUCAAAAGCUGGAAGGAUCUGUAUUACUAAGUGGGUAAAGUCAAUCAUUGCGAAUUUGUCUCCAUAGAGAAUAGGAUUGUAGAAGGAAACCGAUGUUUCGACAAAGUGAUAUUGUACUUAAUUUAUUGAAGCAUAAGUAGGCUUAACUUGUUAAAGCAUAAAUAGGCACUUAAGGAAACACCGAUGCAAUGCGAAAUUGUUCAUUAAAACGAAUGAUCGAAGAA